AUGCCCAAAAGGUGGAGAGCCGGGUGCGAGUGGGUAAGGAGAUUAAGAAACAACCUCCCGGAUAUGCUCACGGUCCGAGCACUCCUUCCCGGCUCCCGGGAUAAACCGGUCGGUCCGUCGCGGCCCCAGGACGGACAGAGCACGGUCGGGUUCCAGAAGGCCACGAAUGGCGCCGUCAAGGACGGCCAAGCUCGCGACUCUUCUUGA